AUGAAACUUCUCAAUCUAAACUUUGCCCCAUCAUCGACAUCUCGGAGGAAAAUGGUUGCAAUUUGGGAGAAUGCACCAAAGGCACAGUCCGCAGGGGCUAGUGUCACCGAUCCUGAUCUUGAAGGCCUCAUUGCAGCUUUGGGGGAUGGAUCCAUUACCAGUGAAGCACUCACCAAGGCCUAUAUAGCUCGAAUCGCGCAAGUCAACGGAACAGUAAACGCCAUCUCUCAGAUUAAUCCUGAUGCUGUCGAAGAUGCGAUUCUUUUGGACAAGGAGCGCAGGUCCGGCGAAAUUCGCGGAAAACUGCACGGUAUUCCCGUUCUUCUGAAAGACACUAUAGGCACACUUGACAAGUUGCAAACUACAGCUGGAUCGCUUGCUUUGGUUGGCGCACGUCCAUCUGAUGAAGCUGGAGUCGUCAAAAAGCUUCGAAAGUCUGGCGUCAUUGUUCUCGGGAAGACGAACAUCACACAGUGGGGAAACACACGAUCUUCGCUCGCACCAAAUGGAUGGAGUUCAACUAGUGGACAAUGUUAUGGCCCAUUCUACGGAAAGCAGGACCCUAAUGGCUCCUCUUCCGGCUGUGCUGUUGCUGCUGCUAUGGGCCUUGCACCAGUGACGAUUAACGGAGAGACUUGGGGUAGUAUUACAUAUCCUGCACAAGUAAAUGCAGUUGUUGGGCUGAAGCCCACGGUCGGAUUGGUGUCCCGAGCAGGUGCUGUUCCUGUUUCGGACCACAAAGACAGCAAGGAUCAGUCAGACGGUGCUACUGAAUCUAUUCCGUUCCUGGAGAUCCCAAAUUAUGUGGCAGUCUGCAAGUCAGAUGCGCUGGAAAAUAGCCGUAUUGCAGUUUCAUUAUCUGUGCUCGAGGCAUUCAACGACAGCCAACUUCUGGAGUCCUUUCACGCGGCAGUCCAACUAAUGGCAUCUCUUGGUUCGACAAUAAUUCAAAACGUGGACUUUGAGGAAUGGAAACCUGGAUCAGGCCAGCGGGAAAACACAACAGUAAAUGUUUUCCUACGCCAUGGUCUUGAAAGCUACUUCAGGCAACUUGCCGAGAACCCUCAAAACAUCAAUACAUUGACAGAUUUGAUUGAAUUUAUGGAGCGAACCCCGGAAGAAGAAACAGAAAAGUACGGACUUGAGGACUUUACAGCGGCCAAGGAUGAAGUUCAAGAUAUGUCAUCUGUGGGAUUUCUCGCGGCCGUUGAACGUAUGAAGCAUCUUGGUGCUGAUAUCACUCGCCUAUUGGAUCAAGCGGACUGCGAUGCCCUCGUUUUUCCAACUUGCGCGGAUGUUCCAUAUGACCUUGGCCAAAACCCAGUCAUCAGCAUUCCUCUUGGAUUUUAUUCUGACGAGCAAAGACCCACCAAAUGGAGCAAUGGGGCGAUCGGGAGAGCGCCUAACAUACCUUACUCUCUUAGCUUUGUGGGAAGAAAAUUUGGCGAGGAGAAGAUCAUUGCAUUGGCGUAUGCUUUCGAACAGGCAACAAUGGUCCAGCGCAGGGCAAAGAUGUCCGUCCAGACAACCGUGGACCUCCCCACGGUGGAGUCAGGCAAGAGCUGCAUGACCCGUCACUAA